CAUGCGAGAUCCUUUUUUAAACGUAGUUGGCUCUGUGUGUGUGUGAAUAUAAGAAUAAGAAAAAGAAAAAGAGAAAGCAGAGAAAGAAAUAAAGAAAAGAAUGGCUGCAGAAGAAGUAGAAAAGAAACUCUAUGAUGCUGUAUCAAAAGGGGAUGUAACAAAAUUUCGAGAACUAGUUGAACAAGAUCCAUAUCUUGUUGAUGAAGCAUCAUUUUCAUGUUCAAGAAAUGUUCUACACAUAGCAACGAUGCGGGGACAGACAGCCAUCGUGGAAGAGGUGCUGAAGAUGAAUCCGUCGCUUGCUCGGAUUUUAGACUCCCAACAAUCAUCGCCUCUGCACAUUGCAGCAGCGCAAGGGCACGUCGAGAUCUCGAGAAAAUUGUUAUCCGUAGCCCCGGUGACUCGCUGGUGGCGAGACUGUCAUGACAUGAACCCGGUUCAUGUCGCGGCCAUAAAUGGGCAUGUUGAGAUGUUGGGACAUCUCCUUGAAGAGAGUCCUUUGCCUGCUAUGGAGAGGGUGGGUCGCGGACAGACUGUGUUGCACUUGUGCGUCAAGCACGGCCAGCUUACGACGUUGCAGGUUUUGGGGGGCAAGUUGUGGGAGCUUAUGGAUGAAGUCGAUGAGGAUGGGGAGACCCUAUUGCAUUUGGCUGUUAGGUCCAAUCAACUUGAGAUUCUCCAAUACUUGGGGGAAAGCAACAAAAUACGAAGGAGAAAGCGGAAUUACGUGGGUAAAACAGCGCUGCAAAUCUUGAAUCAGAGCCCUCCAGCUACAAUUGCUAGCUAUUCAGAAAUGAGGAGAAUCUUAAAAACUUUGUUACCACCAUCAUCGAUCAAAAUCCUGCCCAAGAUCAACGACGCCGCCAUGGUGGUGGUGGUCCUGAUAGCAACAAUGGCGUUCCAGAACACCGUCAACCCACCCGGCGGCGUGUGGCAGGACAACGCAUCCUCACACGAGGCUGGCAAUGCUGUGAUAGCAUACACUCAUCCCUACAUCUACAAACAUAUGCUACGUUCAAACACCGUAGCAUUUGUUUCAUCUCUCGUCACAAUCUUCCUCAUCACCACCGGAUUGCCAUCCAUUAGCGUCACCUUCUUGAUGACCACCUUGUGUGCUAUGUUGGCGUCGAUACUGGCUAUUGCAGUGAGUUACGGAGCUUCGAUACUGGCGAUCACCCCCAACGCGGACACGGAAUCACCCGGCGCCGGCGUUGUUGUUGGGAUUGUAGUUUCUCUUUCCCUUUCCAUCCUCGUACUCAUGUUCUUGUUUGUUCGAAUAACACGGUGGUACUUCAUGUGGAUGAGAAGAACACGGCAUCAGGAAGAUCUUACAACUGACCCUCUACCCUUACGCCUCCUCUACUGGAUUUUUCAACGUUUAAGACGAAGGGAUGUUUCAGAGAACAAUGUUAACCGUUGAGGAGGCGUUUAGUUUGAAAGACAUGAUUGAUAAAAUAACUCACUCUAAUCAAGUGUUUGGUUUGUAUGAUUGGGCCCGUGAUUGAUAACUCACCUGUAUCCAAUCAUUCAAAUGAGUGAUUAUUUACCACUUUAAAAUUGGCUAGAUUAAUUAUUUAA